AUGGAUGAGGAGAACAACAAUAUGUUUGAAAAAAUCUAUAAGGUAAGGUGUUUCGAAUGAAAACCUUGGACUAUAAGUCCCAGUAGUUCUAAUAUCAUGCUCAAUUGUAGAAAUACAUCGAGUUCAUCACAAACAAGGAAUGUGAACUCAUUUUAUCAAAAAUUUGAUUCAGUGCUUGAUGAAUUCGAGAAUUAUUGACUUCUAGAAGAUUGAUAGGGAUAGGAAUAAGUAGGAAAAAGUAGAAAGUUUUGCUACGAAAAUCGACUUUCAGCGAGCUUGCUAAAAUGGUCGCGACCUGGCUAAAAGUCAAUUUUUCUUGCAACCACUUUCUAUUUAUUUCCCGAGACUGUGUAAGCAAUUUUUAAAGAAAUUUUUUUAAAACUCACAUUUCCUCCAGUUUUCCUCGUGAUUGAGAAAAAUCUCGAAAGAAAACUUCAAGAAUGUACAUUUUUCAUAAAAUCUAUCGAAAAUCAUGGAAAAACCACAACAUUUUAGGCUAACAAGAAUGAAACGACCGGCUUCCGCCAGUCUUCAUUCUUCUAUAGGAAAAGUCUAUAAAGGACAUACCUCGUUUAGGAAUCUAUUAUAUUGGGUGACCUCAUCCAGUGCAAGAUUCAAAUCGAUUUGUAUUUUACACCGUUUGAGAAAAAAAUCAAGUCACAAAAAAUCACAUAACAAAAACAAACUUCAAAAAACUAUUAAAAAAAAUAAAUUUCGGCUUUAUUGUUACUAUCAUCACGCGACUUUUCGAUGAAAUAACUUUUUUUCAUUUUUAAAUCAUUUUUGCACCAAGAUGUUGUCCAUAUCCACAAAACACCCAAUAUAUUCCCCUUCUUGUCCCAAAGUUCUAACAACCUUUAGAAACAACACAUGCCUAAUUCACAUUUCAAAAAAAAAAAUAUUAUUCCUCCCGACCUCAAAGUUUUAAAAAAGAUUCUAAAACUUCCUUUCAAAAGAAUCCUCGAUUCAAAUGCAAAUCAGUUUAAAAAAACUCGAACUCUACAGAACUCCCUCCGACUAAAACUUCACUCAAUCUCACCCCAAAACUCAAUCGAACCCCAAAAAAAAGAACUAACCUUUGAAAUUUCGACCAUUCCUCGAUCCUCUCAUCGCUCAACAUUGAUGUAUUGCUUCAUGCUUUUCAACAAAAAUCAUCUCAAAUAUUCUCAUCCACGACUAAUCUGAAAAAAUAUUUUCAAUUUGAUGAAACUUUUGGUUGUUUUUUAUUGAUUCAAAACGCUAUUUCAAAAAAUAGGCGUCCAUACGAGAGAGAAGAGACAAAAAGAUAGUGAAAUCGCGCGUGAUCUACAGUGAUUUAAAAACCUGCGGGACUAGGUUAGGAAUUUUUAAAAUUAAACAAAAAAUAAUAAUUUUGCGGUGUAAUCAUCUCACUACAAUCUUAGGUCUAUUACCUUCAGAGCUUUCCAAUAUUCACACCUUUCUUAAAGUAAACUCACGAUACAUUUCAAAAAAAUUAAGACGGAAUGUCAAGCGUAUUGAAAAAUCAGAAAUGAGCAAAAUGAUUCACGUCAAAUUAUUUAAAAUUAAGUCUAGGGCACAAAAGUAUAAAAGAAUUCACGUUUAUUUAAUUAUUCGCGUGAACUCUUGUCUCUUCGCUUCAUUUUGCAAAAAAAAAACAAAGAAGAAUUCUUAAGAAUAAUACAUAAAGAUCUCUCUCCCUCUCACCCAAUUGCGUUUUCGAACGUUCUCGGUCAGAAAACGGCGGGGUCGCUACCGAUCGGGGCGGAGUCGCUACACGUUUUUUGUUCCCCGAAACGUGUAGCGACUCCGCCCUGAUUGGAAGCGACCCCGCCGUUUUCUGACCUAGUUGUUUAAACAACAAAUAAUACGUGAAUGAAAUAUUUCCGAAAAACAAAAACAAGAAACUUGAAACGCUGUGAAACACAUAUUUUUGGGAGAAAAAAACCGAAAAGUUGAAUAAUCGAUAAUAAAUAAAAUAAACAAACAAACUUUCCGUUAAACAAAGGGCAAAGUGGAGUGUCGUAGUGAGUUGUUAGGUGGAAGAAAAAAUGUUGUGGUUUUUCCAUGAUUUUGAAUGAAACUUGUUGUAAAAUUUAUGUUUAUCUAUUUUCCUAGUACAAGUAACAUAAGUUUCGUUGUUUUUUGAUGGUUUUAUACUAAAACUGGUGCUCAAAAAGUAAUUUUAUGAAAAAAUAUACUUUCUUGAAGUUUUAUUUCGUUUAAAGUACUUAUUUAAAUUUGACGCAUUUUUACUUUACAGAAACAACGUGAGCGAAACGAUGGAAAUAUCGAAACAAUUUAUGAAGCGAGUAUUAGUCGAAUUAUUUUCAAUCACGAGGAAAACUGGAGAAAAAUAGCAAAAAACGCGCAUGCUUGCUCCAUUGACAAACAUUUCUCUGUGACCGUCUCUCAAAUAUUUCGUCGUUGUCGUUGCGAAAGGGUUAACAUCUCGGGAAAAAUCCCGCAAGUGCCGGCAAGAAUUGCAGUAGAGCCGCAAUGGCUGCGGGUGAAGCCGCCGUUGUUGCGGGGGAAAGACAAGGGAAGUGUGAGAGAGCACAGGCAGACAGACAAAAAGUAGCGAGCGUCUGCGCUCUCUCACAUUCCCCUUGUCUUUCCCCCGCAACAACGGCGGCUUCACCCGCAGCCAUUGCGGCUCUACUGCAAUUCUUGCCGGCACUUGCGGGAUUUUCCCCGAGAUGGUUAGGUUUUUGGAAACCUGCAAUUAUUUUUAAAUUGUUUUUUUACAGAUAUGGAUGAGUUCAUAUAUUUGCUUGUUUCGAAAUUAUUUAUGA